AUGGUGGGAGCCACUGUCGCCACGAACAACCGUCUCGCCGUCCGCAGUGACAGCAUCUUCAGUCUUCUCAGACACAUGGCGGCCGAGAGCCCCUUUGCGGAAGCUCUAGCUAUGUCUUCCUUGUACCGUAGUUUUGCAUCCAUGACCACUCCCAGGAUCUUGGCGCUCGACUUCGGCUUGACUACUUUUCCUUUGAUUAUGAACGGCGUGAACUCGAGCGCAUCCAGUGUUUUCGCCGCUUGCGCCACCACGGCCGCUGUCACUGCUAUUGUAGAAGAGAGCCAAGCCAUCCUCAACACCAAGAUCCAGGUCUUCCGCAAAUUCUGCAAAGCAUUCGAUCAAGUCGCGAACAGUUUAAGACCGGCCACGCGCUCCUCUUCGCAUAAGACAUCGCCCGCGAUUUCACAGAAAGAUCUGCUAUCCUCACGGGCGCCGAACCCCCUCGGCAACCUGCCCAAAGGCGAUCGUACGCCGCCGCACUCCAAGGACCCGAUGCCCUCCAGCCCAGGGAAGAGGAGGCGAAGGAGGCUGCUGGUUGAGGGAGGCGCUGUGGCCUUCAUCACCACGAUGCUGGGAGGAGGAAGAGGGACGAUAUUGAGAAGCAGAGUCGAAGAUCUUGGUUCGGGUAACGCCCGAUCGGCUGUCCACCAGAUCGAGAGCGGCGACCAAGCCAGUGUAACCAAUGCCCAUCUCCCUCUCAAUCUUCUCACUGCCCAGACCCCACUGGAACAUGAAGGCGCUCAUGCAGAGGCUCUCUCAAGUCUUGCCGAGAGCAUCAAUCAUCUUCUCGAUAUCAUCGCCGCCAAAGAUCCUGCCCCAGCCGCGGCGCAUGCGGCGCAUGGCGCCCUUGCACUUAUUUUCAAGGAACCUGCCGAGCAUCUAGUCGAGGAGCUGGAAGUCAGCCUGGGCGACGCGGAACUUCUCGCUCAGCUCCGAGAUGACAUCGGAGGGGAAGGACUGGUUCGUGCGAAUGCAUUCUACGAGGCCAGCUUCAAUGGAGAAGAGGAUCUCGCAAUUGUGGAGGAAAUCGUGAGCAAGAACGUCGAGACCGUGGGGCUGCUUGGAAAUGGUGCUGAGAUACUCGAGGAUGCGGAUCGAGACACAGUCACCAACAGAGGUGGCCUUGUAGCAGAGCUCUAG